AUUUCUAAAACGUAAAAUAUUCAAUAAAAUAGCUUACUUUUAUAAAUAAGCAUGCACUUGUAAAUGUUUUAUUAUUUAUUAAUUUCGAAAAUACCUUUUUUAAGUAAAAGAAGGCAGGUUUGCUCUUCAGGAUAUCCUAAAUCAUCCACAGAUUCUACACGAGGUGACUAUCGUAAAGUUACAUUACCAAUGGUUAUACGUCAGGUGCGGAGGAAAUUUGUGUAAGCGGAUGGGUUGAUACAUUCGCAAGUUAUCGUCAUGGCUUUGUUCAUAUGGAGUUUUAGAGGGAAUAUCAAUCGGUUUUUAACUGAUGUUCAAAUAUUACAAUACCUCAUCGUGCUAUUUGGAUUAUUUAAUUUAUCUUUAUGUCUCUAUGAAGAUCAAGUUGGAAAAUUUGACUGGAAACAGAAUUACGUUGGUAAAAUUAAAUUUGCCAGUUUUGACACUGUUUCGGCCGCAAAAAAAAUUAUUGUUGCUACCGAAGAAAACGUUAUUGCUGCGCUAAAUUUUAAGUCAGGACAAAUAUUAUGGAGACGUGUAUUAGAAAAAGGAUGUGCAGGCCACAUUCGUGCGCUAGGUGGAGUCACAGAUGGAGAUCUUGUUUCUGUCAGCGGAGGAGUACCAGCUAUUGUGCGUGCAUGGGAUUUAGCUACUGGACACAUACUUCACGAAUGGCCAAUAGCUGAGCAAAGUCCUGAAAGAAUCAAAGAUGUAAAAUGGAAUAUAAAAGAUGGAACAUUGCAUCAUAUUUUACCAAUUUAUAAUAGUGGUGUUGAAGUAACAUCUUACGACAGUAAAACAGGAGACAAGCUGAAAACUCGAAGAGUUUCCGCACCAUUUAUAACUGAAGAAACAGAGUGUGUGUUAGCAGCUCCAUAUUUAGUAUGCUUAAAAGGAGAUAGUUCAUUAGCUGUACUGUUUUUAGUACAUUUAUUUGAUACGAAUUCUCAACCAAAAUCAGUUACCAUAAACACAGUAUUUGGUGCUGGUGCACAAGGACCAUAUCAUUUGGAAGCAGUACUUGGUGAGGAACCUGUUGUAUCAAUUACUGCAGAUGAUAAUCAGAGGAAACGAAUUCUUCUGGUUGGAGAAGUACCUGUUCCUGUACAAAGAGAUAUUGUGGGGGAUGCUAUGCUUUAUGUUGUGUCAGUUGAUAAUGAAAAAGUACUACUAGAAACGACUUACAAAAAUGGAAUGACAGAAAUUGCUGCCACAGAACUCUUAACGUCAAAAUCGUUGCCAAAUCUGUCUGUUAGUCUAACACAUAAUUCUUUAUUAUCACCAGCAAUUGUGGCAUCAGUUUGUCCGCGGCAAGCGACAGGUGUGACCUGCCGUCAUUUAUUAGCUUCAGAAGAUCAUAGUGUGUCACUUUUAAAACAUAAUAAAUUAAUAUGGUCUAGAGAAGAAGCUCUUGCUAGUAUUGUAGCUGUGGAAAUAAUAGAGUUACCUAUGUCAGAUAGGGAUCAAGAAAUUGAAACAGAAUUUGAUCAGAAAGAGAGUAUUGAUGUAGACAGUUCAUGGGAUGUGCUGAGUAUGAUAUUUAGAAGAAUCAGUUCUCAAUUUAAACAAGCAAAGGCAUUUUUCCAGUCAAUAUUGAACUUCACCCCACAGCAGUCCAAUCAACGUACUGAUUUGGUACGAGAUAAAUUUGGAUUACACAAAAUGAUUGUUUUGGUUACAUCGCCAGGAAAGUUAUAUGGUAUUGAAACUAGAAAAGGUGAAAUUAUUUGGAAUCUUAGAGUACCAAAUAUUCAAGGCUUUGCUAAAAAAUCUAAUGCAAUGACUUUAUACGUGCAACGUGGUAGCAGACAUUUUCCGCACCCGCCUCAGUGUGCAUUACUAGCAGAAGAUAAGAAAACGUCAGAAGGGAUUAUAUACGUAUUUAAUCCAAUUACUGGCCAAUCUCUUGAUGGUUUGAUAAAAUUAGGAUAUAGAAUAAAACAAUCCAUGUUACUACAUGCGACAACAGAUGAUUUCCUGCGAAGCAUUCUGAUUUUUGAUACGCGAGAUAAAGCUCACGUGUAUCCUGAAAGUGCAACUUCAAUUGCUGCAUCAGUUGGUAAAAAUACAUAUAUAUUUACAACUGAUCCAACAACCGGAGUAUUAUCAGGAUUUUCACUUUCAUAUAGCACAGCUCAGGAACUUAUUGCGCAUAAAGUAUGGGAGUUGCUACUUUCACCAAAAAACCAAAGAAUAACACACGUUGUGUCAAAAAAUCCAAUAGAACGUGUUCAUUCCCAGGGUAGAGUUCUAAAUGAUAGAUCAGUUUUAUAUAAGUAUAUUAAUCCUAACUUAGUGGCUAUAGUAACAGAGGGUAUAGGAUACACUCAUAAAAAUACGCUUAAUCUGUAUUUACUGGAUGUAGUAUCUGGAGCAAUGAUAUUUUCAAUUAUGCACAAAAGAGUUCGCGGUCCAGUUCAUGUUGUGCAUUCAGAAAAUUGGAUAGUUUAUAGUUACUUUAAUGAGAAAAGCCGAAGGACAGAAAUUGCUAGUUUAGAACUUUAUGAAGGGAAAAUACAAAGUAACACCACAGUGUUCUCAUCUUUAGCUACAACUAAAUUGCCGAUCGUGGAAAGGCAGGCUUUCAUAUUCCCCGCUGCGAUCGAAUCAAUGCAGGAAACGAUUACAGAAAAGGGUAUCACAAGCAAACAUAUUAUAGUGGCCCUAGCCAAUGGCGGAAUAUUAGAAUUACCGUGGAUGAUGGUCGAUCCACGGCGGCCUAUUAAUCCAGAAGUGCGCGAAGAAGGCGUAAUACCAUAUAUGCCUGAAAUACCUAUUCAUAUGGAUACAAUAAUCAAUUAUAAUCAAAGCGUGUUUAGGGUAUCAGGUAUCCAUACUAGUCCUAGUGGCCUUGAAAGUACUUGCUUAGUUUUUGUACAUGGUCUCGACUUGUUCUACACUCGUGUGGCACCGUCUAAAACAUUCGAUGUUUUAAAAGAAGAUUUUGAUUAUUAUCUCAUUGUGAUAGUAUUGGUAGCGCUUGUAAUUUCUUCAUAUGUAACAAAGAAACUAGCAUCCCAGAAAGCGCAAAAGCAAGCAUGGAAAUGAUGUUUCGUUUCUUUAGAGAAUGAAUGUGUAUAAUUCUUAAGUGUCUGUUCACUAAAAGCAAAACAUUUUGCUAAUAACUUGUAAAAAAGAUACUGUUUUAUAAAAAGCCAAUGUUACUGCAAAGUAAAUGUUAACAGUUUAUUAUCUCACCUAAAGUAUCUUAAAAUACAUACAUAUUUGUUCUUUUAUUAGUACAGAACGCACACGCUAGAAGUAGCAUAUUUCUAAAUGUUUCAAAGUGUGCUAAUCAUUAUAUGACAAGAGUGGACCAUAAUUGCUAAUUAUUAGAUUAUUAAAAUAACUGAAAACAUGCUCAAAAUAUAAUGAUUUUUUAUUGAAGAUAUAUAACUAUGCAUUUGUGUUGUGCAGAGUGUUUCACAGAAUGUAGAACAAACGAGAAGGUGGUGCUUAUGC